CAGCGAAAACAUAAAUUAAAGAAAAUGGAGAUGGAGACGAGGGAUGCGGAAGAAGAUAUGCAAAUACUCGCCUCCUCCGCCACUAUGGCUCUCAAACUGCUGUGCACCAAAGAAGAUGCCAAUGCGAAGAGCCAAUUCUUUAAGACCUUGUUCAGUCCGUUGGGUCAGGACGAGAAAGAUUUGGCGCAAGUGGAGAAGCUUGACACGAUGUUCGAUACGCUAUUGCGUGACUCCAUCAAUGGCUAUAAGCAAAAACAACGCGACCUGGUGGUGCAGGAAGUUAGCGUAAAGUACGACAAUGUUGUCGCCGACUCCAUCGAGCAUUAUGGCAAGAUUAUGGAGCGAAAACUCGUCGCCCAGGAAAAAGAGCUGGCCCAGUCCGCCCUGAGGUACCUGGAGGUGCUCCGCAAGCACUUCGUCUGGAAGUACAUGGGCAACGACAGCACAAAGGAGGCUGUCCUCAAGUUCUUGAAGCGGAGCUGCCAGCAGAUGUCGGAGAUUUUGUAAAAAGGGAGAGUCCUGGGUAUUUUACCUGGGUAUUAGGCGUUCACAUUGCAGCAUAUGUUCCAGAUUUAAGAUUUGAUCUGCAAUUUGCAAAAACA